AUGCACGUGCUGGAUUCGGGGAUGGCAUUGCACAUGCUUGAGAAUCACAUCGCGGUGCUAAGCAAGCCUGAGCGGCGUGAUGUUGAGAGGCGCAAGAAGACAACCAAGGGAGAGACCCCGAGUGUCAUCUUGCGACUCCCUGGAGGCAGCUCCUACUUCAUGAGCGGCGCGAACUAUGCCGCCUUUGAACACCGCAGCAUGAUGCAGGUCAUGCCCAUCCUGGUGGCGGACAAGUCAGCCCUGCGUUCGGGAAAGGAAGGCGAGUUGGUCGCACUGCGCGUGCGUGCCUUCCGGAUGUACGCCACCUUCUACAAGGCAUUUCUGGGGGUCAGCGCACACACGCAGGCCACGCUCGCAACCGCACGGGCCCACGCCAUCAAGUUGGUGGAGAUCCUGCCACAGGCAUACCCGGACCACGCAUCGCAUUGGCGCUUUCCCAAGAUCCACCUGAUUGUCCACUUGAUGGACAAUGUGAUCUGGCGCGGCAUGCCGCACCACUACAGCACGGAGAUGUGGGAGCAUACCCACAAGGGGAUGGUCAAGAACCCCGUCAGGGGCGGCAACUGGAAGGACAUCCCCAGACGCAUCGUGGAGGAGGAGGUGCAGAGGGAGAUCUGCAGGGAGGUGGCACAGGACGCGGGUGGUGGGCGACAGUAUGCGACAGCGCUGCGCGAGGUGAGCCUAUUUGGUGCAGAUCCCAUCGCCGUGGAGACGAUGAAACCCGUGCUCACGAGGAAGGGUCGCACAAUGCGGCCGGCGGAGGAGGGCGACGCUGUGAUGGGAACCUACCGCACGGCACUGGGCCACCUCAUGGAUGCGCUGCCGGGGAGCAUGGUGGCUGCAUCCAUCACGGCAUCCGCGGUCGUGGUGAAUACGCGUCCUGUUGUUGCCCAUACCGCGGUGGCGAUUCCACGCACCAAAGGAGGAGCUCUGGUCUCCAAGGGCGCGUUCGUCAAGGCAAGCCCCAAAGAGAAGUGGUUCACGGACUUUGCAGUGAAGUCUCCCAAGAAGGAGGAGUGGUAUGCCAAGGCGCUGUGCAUCUUCAAGGCUGAGACCGCAGAGGGCGACCGGAAGGGGUUUGUGUACGUGCGGUGGUAUGAGAGGGCAGGCAUUUGCCCUCUCACCACCUGCGUGCAGCUGACCCCGUCGCGCAAGGAUACAAGGCACGCAGUGAUUGCUGUGGAGAGCAUUGAGCGCGUUGUGCACAUUUGUCGCUCGUUCAGCAACCCCGCGGUGUUGCUGCUGAACAAGUUCUUGCUGUCAGCAGCAGCAGCAGCAGCAGCAGCAGCAGCAGCAGCAGCAGCAGCAGCAGCAACAGCAGCAGCAGCAGCAGCAGCAGCAGCAGCAGCAGCAGCAGCAGCAGCAGCAGCAGCAGCAGCAGCAGCAGCAGCAGCAGCAGCAGCAACAGCAGCGGCAGCAGCAGCAGCAGCAGCAGCUGCAGCAGCAGCAGCAGCAGCAGCAGCAGCAGCAGCAGCAGCAACAGCAGCAGCAGCAGCCGCAGCAGCAGCAGCAGCAACAGCAGCAGCAGCCGCAGCAGCAGCAAGGGCAGCACCAGCAGCGGCAGCAGCAGCAGCCGCAGCAGCCACAACAGCAACAGCAGCCGCAGCAGCAGCAGGGGUUCCAGCAGCACCAGCAGCAGCAGCAGCAGCAGCGGCACAGGGCAAUUGCCUGCUCCUCACCCUUCCUCCUCCCUCGCAUGCACACCCGCUCCCUUGA